AAGCUGCUACACAUGAACGCGCACUAAUGACCGUGGAGGCUGUGUGGAAAAGCAGCGCACGGAGCUACCGUCGUCAGCUGUACGUUCCCGCCACGUGGAGGACAAAACACGGUUAAUUAUUAACUUUUCCGUCCGCUUGGACAUCACAAGUGCUCGAAUUGAAGCCGGGAACAUUAUGAAAAUACAGUGACGAGCAACAUUAAUCAAAGAGAGAACUGGUGUUUACUUCAACGCCUGAAGGCUUAUCAGGUUUCCUCUCCUGUCUCCAGUAACGUUAGACCUCCAUCGUGGAUGCGAGACUGAGCCUAAACCGCUGUAUCGUCCACCGAGUUAGACUACAGGGACCGUUAACCACAUUUAAUGUUUCACCAGAACUUCCUACAUCAGGAUGAAGGGACGAACAGAUGCUCCUCAGGAUCGGGGCUGCUUGGUGGGGAUCAUUUUCUUCAUUCUGGGCUUGGGAACGUUGCUGCCAUGGAAUUUCUUCAUGACUGCCUCAUUGUAUUUCCAAGGCCGCCUCAACACAACAGAAUGGAGCAACGGCACAGUGGUGGUCCGCAAGGAGUACUACUUCAACAACUGGAUGACGCUGCUUUCCCAGCUGCCCCUGCUGCUGUUCACCCUGCUCAACUCCUUCCUCUACCAGAGGAUAUCCGAGGCGAUACGCAUUGCAGGUAGCCUGGUUUUUAUCCUGCUGCUCUUCAUCUUCACAGCAGUGCUGGUCAAAGUGCCCAUGGAGGAGGAUCGCUUCUUCUCUGUCACCAUGGCUACUAUCUGGUUCAUCAACUCGUUUGGUGCCGUGCUGCAGGGCAGUCUGUUCGGCCUGGUGGGGCUGCUGCCUCAGAAGUACAGCGCCAUCUUCAUGAGCGGCCAGGGCCUCGCCGGAACCUUCGCUGCCGUUGCCAUGCUGAUAGCCAUAGGCAGUGAUGCAGACUCUGAGUCAGCAGCGUUGGGUUACUUCGUCACGCCGUGUGUGGGGACGCUGGUUACGCUCUUCAGCUACCUGCUGCUUCCCCGCCUGGAGUUUGCCCAGCAUCACCUGAACAAAAGCAGCAAGUAUGAGGCAGGCACCACAGACGAGCUGCUCAAAGAGAGCAGCACAGUGGAGAACGGCAAGCUGAACGGCCACGCUAACGGCUCGGCCGCUGGCGGUCCAGCCGAGGCCGAGGUGGACCCCGGCACGGACGCGACCAAGCACACCUUCCUGUCAGCGGAGCAGGGCGAGAAGGGCCAAGCCAAGGCCUCGGUCAUAGAGGUCUUCAAAAAGAUCUGGGUGAUGGCGUUCUGCGUGACGUUUGUGUUCACAGUCACUCUGUCCGUCUUCCCUGCCGUCACCGCAGACGUCAGAACAUCAUUCUCAAAAAAAUGGGAGCGCUUCUUUAUCUCUGUGUGCUGCUUCUUGACUUUCAACAUAAACGACUGGCUCGGUCGGACCAUCACCACCUUGAUUCGCUGGCCUUGUAAGGAGUCCCGUCUGUUCCCGCUGCUGGUUGUCUCCAGGGUGGUGUUCAUCCCUCUGCUGAUGCUCUGUAACGUCCAGAAUCGCUCCUACCUUCCCGUCUACUUCUCCCACGACGCCGCUUUCACAGUCAUCAUGAUUCUCUUCUCUCUGUCCAGUGGCUACUUCGUUGCCCUUUCCAUGACUUACGCACCACAGUUGGUGGAGCCGAAGGACGCAGAGACCGCGGGAGCCCUGAUGACCUUCUUCUUAGCCCUGGGUCUGUCCAUCGGAGCCGCCCUGUCCUUCCCUCUCCGAGCGCUGGUCUAGUCUCACAUGCGCGCACACACUCACACACACAGCGCUGCAUAGACCCUGUAGAAUUUCUUCACACUCACCAGGAGGAGGGCGAGGUUUACGCCGUUGAUCAUCGGUCUGCCCCUCCUGGAUGACCUUCGUGUUUUUUUCCAUUCAUCGGUCCGGUGCUGCGCCUGCUACAGCGUGACGACCAAAGACCCCGUGUGGGUGUGGUGUUAUUCAUAACUGACGCAACAAAAUAAGGGAUCGACUGUAUGUUCCGCAGAGCGACUCCUGGUUAUUGUCCAGCUGCUAACCUGAAGACACGGACACUAAAGACUCCCUCUCUGUACGUCGGCUUCUCAUGGGGUUGAUGCUGUUGGACUUUUUCUGUUGACUGUUUUGUGUUUCUACAUUUUUAAGUUUGUGUUUAGUUGUGCUGCAAUCAGGAACACCUAAGUAUGACAGAAGUCCUUGUUUUUACCACAGUGGAGUGUGGGUCACUAUGUAUUUGCUUGGCUUUUGAUAUGAGAUGGAUUUCUUUUCUAUUUCAAUGAUUACAGUGAAUCUACUCUUGUUAGAUUAAUUACAUUAGCUAUUUUUGAUGGAUUUUUCUUCCUGGAGUUAUUUUGUAUUUUCUAAUGACGUAGCUCUAUGUUUCAGAAGUAGAACAAACAUGAAAAUGUGUCUAAUAUUGUCCUGUAAAUUACCAGUGAAAGCUUAUGACGCAUGGACAUGCAUGGAUUAGUGAAUGGGUCAACUGGGCACUGGCUCAGGGGUCGAAGUAGUCAAAAGGGUCUGGGGGCCCCUGACCCAGAGCCUCUGUUUGAAGUGUCAUAACUUUUUUUUUUUCGUUGGGAAGACAGUUAAUCGACCACGCAGAGACAUAAGAUGAACGUAAGGACACAGAAAAGAGACAUACAACAGAUGUGUCAUUGUAGUAGUGUCUCAAUCUGGGGGUCUUGCUCCUAUGUAGGGCACAUGGGGGGCCUUUCACACAUCUCUGCCCCGGGGUCCAUUGUCUUCAUUAUUCAUCCAUGCUCAUGGGGCGUUUAGCCAUUUCCAGUUUUUCUUCACCUCCCAGUCUCCACUCCAGUGCAGCGUCACAAAACUGCAUCUCCCCAGCAUCAAGGCUGCUACUGCCACCUACUGGCCAAAAGGCCAAAGUCCCUCAGUUUCCUUUCCUUUGUUGAAAAGCCUCAAGGGUACACAUGACAGACCAGGACAGGACACUGCUGGCUGACAGGAAAUGGCGUUUACAGCACCUGGCGAUACUUGGUUGUUAGUUCUGGUGACAUGCCAGAGUUCAUGUCAGGUUAUGUGAGUUUGACAGCAUUCCUCUACUGACCCCCAGGCUGGCACCGAAGCUGCGAUGCAACUGUAGGCUCACUACAAGAAGUCGGUUUACCUGCUUAUUUCAAAUGUUGAACUUCUCCCAAGAAGUGGCUGCUGCUGUUUUGUUACUGAAUGGAUCAAUGUAGUGAUGCCGUGUUUAAAAAUAAUAAUGAGAUGUGGUAAUUGGGGUAUUUGUCUUAAAAAAAAUGAAAUACAAGGCACUGCAAAUGCCGUGAUGAAAGGAAAUGAGUAAUGAUUUUCAAUGUUUUAUAGAUAUUGUGUUGGCCGCUAAACUGUGUCAAAUAGGAUUUUUUUUGGACAUUUUGCCACAGACAUGAAUAACUACAAUUUGUUAGGAUAUUUAUUUUAGCUCACUGUAGUCUUCACAUGUAUAGGAAUUAAUUUAUUGCUCCAGUUUGGUGUAGAUUUGUUUUAGCCCUUUUAUCAGAAACACAAAAUGUUUUUGUUUUAUUUAGCAGACGUGAUCAAUAAGCCUUCAUUUUUAUGCUUAUUUUCUGUGUGUUUUUUUUAGUUUUGGUAUUUACAGAAUCUGUAAAUGAAGCGUUUCAUGAGUUGCAGUAUGAGAUCUGCACGAGGUUUCACGUACAGGUGAACGGAGAACACUUGAGUUGUGACACACACACACACACACACACACACAAAUGAGUCCUAAUGGUGGGAGCAAUAUUACUUACUUCUGAAAGUGUGACUUGAUUUAUGCUGCGUUCACAUGUGAACUGUCUUCAGCUCGAACACACAAACGUUUGUAUUGAAUUUACGGUUUACGGCAAGCAAAAUAUGGCAACUUAAGUCAAAUUAUACGCAAACGCUGCAGGUAGUUAUCAUGGAAACUAAAAUCUGAACAGUGUCUUUUCAGUAGGAAGCUGGAAUGAUCCGUGUUUCCUACAGAAUGUCAGUGCAGCGUCAGGGCUGUAGUGAUUUAUCAUGGGGAUCCUUAUGUGCAAUUCCAUGUCAUAAUUUCCAAUAUCAGAGGACCAUUCAAACUCUGAGUGUUUAUUUCCAGCUUGUAUUCUUCUUGUCUAAAGAGUGUAGAUGAACUUAAAAUGAUGACAUAUGUGUAGCUGUCAGGCAGUGUUCAGUGUCUGCAGGUUGCAGUUCAGCCUAAUUCUCAUGCUGUGUUCACAUCAUAUUGGAUUGACUGUAAAUACAAGCUGCUGUCUGCCCCCUCGUGCUGUUUAGUUUGUGCACGUGUCAACAUGAAGUCCUCUAACAUUAGCAGCGGAAGCGGAGCACUGCUGGGUUGACGCGGUCGAAGCCCCGGCGUGUCACCGUGUCGCGUUUCCUCCGACGUGGUGCGAACACAGCAUUGAUUCUGACUGAAUGUGAUCCAUUGUCCCACACUGGCAGACAGCACACAUAGGAUUGAACUACCGGACCAUGUCACUGUAGUUACAGUAAAGGGAAUUCAUGCCUGUGCAUGUUCAUAACUUAUUCUACAUUUGACUGUAAAUAAACAAAUGGUUCUAACAAGCUGUGUGUUUGUGGUUGCUGGGGGGCCUCACUGGAACAUGAGAGUAUAAUUAGCCUGACGACCCUGUUCUUCAAACGGCUUUAUUAACUCAGACCGCAUUGUGAGUACAAGUCAGAUUUAGCUUAAGUUAAGAAGUUGUUUUGAUCUGAGCAUAUAAGAAGCAACAUUUCAUAAGCUUUAAGUUUUUGUGAAUGUGAAUGAGCUUCAGCUUGAACAGUCUGGCUCAUGAUCCAGGUAACAGUAUGAAGGCUUCAUCUAUGCCAGCUG